CGUUUAAAGAAGUAGAAUUCUUAUUUUUAGAUGAAAGCAUCGAAAAUUCAUGUUGUACGUUGUGUUCAUUUGGCAGCUGUUGAAAGGGUGCAGACGUUUGACGUUUUGUAAACACCGGGUUUGUUAUCAUGCAUACUUUUGUUAUCAACAAAACGUCCGGGGUGCUGUGCGAUUAUUAUAAAUUAUACAACAAAAACCCACCUUAGCCAGCAAAGAACCAUUCCAAAUUAGAACAAGCAAUACCGGUGUAAUUAGAUCUGUGCGUGCUUGCGUAGAUAGUUUCACGAACCAUACAAUGUCAAGCGAUCAAAGUGCGAAUGUGGAACUGAUCAAGAAGUACAUUGGCGAGUAUCCUGAUUUCCCGAAAAAGGGAAUACUUUUCAAAGACAUCUUUACCGCCCUGCGACAUGGAGAUGUUUGCAAAGCCAUCAAGAAUGUGCUUGUGUCGUACGUUCGGGAAUCCUGCCCGGAUGUGCAGGUGAUAGUUGGACUAGAGGCUCGCGGAUUUCUGUUCAGUUUGCUGAUUGCGGCUGAGCUUGGAGUGGCAUCGGUGCCCAUAAGAAAGAAGGGUAAACUGCCAGGAACAUGCGCCCAGCAGGAAUACCAGCUAGAAUACGGAACUGAUGUGUUUGAAAUACAAAAAGGAAGCAUCGUCGACGGACAGAAAGUAUUGAUAAUUGACGAUCUGUUGGCCACCGGUGGUACGAUGGAUGCUGCCAACAAGCUAGUACAGCAGCUUGGUGGAAUAGUGGAACGAAAUGUAGUUAUUAUAGAACUUACCGAACUAGGAGGAAGGAAGAAACUUGAAGCUUCCGGCUCAAAAGUACAUUCCUUUAUCGAAUACCAUGACGUCGAAUGAGUUUGUUGUAUAGUGCAAUCUAUAGCACGUGUUACUGUUUUGCGUGCUAAUUCCUAACAUAAAAAGACAAACUAACGGAUAAGCUAAAGGAUUGCUGCUUUUGUUUUGUUACUUGUUUUCACUUGGCCGUGCAAAUAUUUGUAUUGUUUGUGAUCAAUUCGUUUUCGAUUUAAAAAUCCUUGUUUGUUGAUUAAAAUCUCAGGAAAAGCGUUUAACGUAGUUAAUGGUAGUUAAAAUUGAUCAAAAAACCUUGAACAAAUAAAAAGACGCACAUUACGGCAA